AUGGGAGAAAAACAGAAAAGACAGCCAAAGCUUCAGAAGUUUCCACAAAUUCCUCGCAUUCGCGUCCCUCCCUCUGCCUCUGACACUUCAUUAAUGAAGGACCUAACCCAGGGGCAGCAGCGCUACUUUUACAGUAUCAUGAGGAUUUACAGCUCCAGGCCCCAGUGGGCGGCCCUGCAGACCCGCUAUCUUCAGGGCCUCCAGCACCAGCAGCGGCUCGGUCAUAUUACUCAACAGGAGGCCUUGGCUUGUGCUGCUAUACUUAGAGAUUCAACCAAGAGAGCCUCAGCCAAAAAGACUCCUCAAAGAACUAUCCCCCGGAGGGCUUUGGCUGUGACAAGAACAGGGCUGCUAGCACUCCCUGCGUCUGUGGCUCAGCUCAGGGCCAAAAGCACAGGGCUCUGA